AUGACGGGAAGUGGAGAACUCGUUUAUACUGAUAAGAAGGAGAGAACUAACAGGAACCUUGAUAUCUGUGUGGCUGACUGUGGAGCUAAAGCGGUAGUAGUGGUCAAUCGGUUCGGGAAACUGAUAUCCAGAUAUGAUGGGCGUACUCCUGCACCCCUUCAUAAAGUAUUCAAUCCAAAAAGAAUCAUCACAGAUAGUCAGAACAGGAGGCACCGAGUGUGGCGACGACAACGUGAACGUUUCCAUGAUACCAACAUAAAUGAAUAUGACCGUCAUGGUGGUGAUUCCAUCAUGGUCUGGGGUGGAAUCAGCAGGGAUGGAAGAACAGAUCUUCAUGUCCUGGAGAGAGGAACAAUGACGGGGGUGCGGUACCGGGAUGAGAUCCUCGAUGGUUACGUCAGACCCUACGCUGGUGCUGUUGGCCCUGAGUUCAUCCUGAUGGAUGAUAACGCCCGUCCUCAUCGCGCCAGGGAGGUGGAGCAGUACCUUCUGCAGGAGACAAUUGUCCGUAUGGACUGA